CAUGAUAGGUAGAAAAGAAUCCUGCAGUUCAGGACAGAUACUGAUGACCGACCUAAGCUGCCUUGCCUAUGUACUGGAAGAAUGGACUCUUGUGGAAUACUUGAAGAAAUACCUUUUUCAUGUGGUCAUCGCCUCACUGACAAUGAGUGCAAUAUUAUUUUUUUUUAUAGUUCCUUUAACAAUGCUCUUUUUCAUUUACCUUUCUAAUAUAUUGCUUUUAAUAUAUCAGAGGAACAGUGACGUAAAAGGAGAUCCCUUGAGUGAUGUUUGGGAUAGUGCAAGGAAAACUAUAGCAAGCUUUUGGGAUAUAUAUGCAAGAAUAUGGCAUGGUUAUGAGCUUCAUGGUGUGGAAAACCUACCAGAAGGACCAGGCAUUCUUGUGUAUUACCAUGGAGCUAUUCCUAUAGACUACCUUUACUUUUUGUCUAGGCUGUUUCUCUGGAAGAAAAGACUUUGUCUGUCAGUAGCUGAUCAUUUUGUCUUUCGUUUACCAGGACUCAAAUUGUUAUUGGAAGUGACGGGUGUUAUGCCAGGUAGAAGGGAGGAGUGUCUCAUUGCCCUGAAGAAUGGACACUUGGUGUCCAUCUCACCAGGUGGAGUUAGAGAAGCACUGUUCAGUGACGAAAGUUAUCAACUCAUGUGGGGAAAUCGAAAAGGCUUUGCUCAGGUUGCUCUAGAUGCAAAAGUGCCCAUCAUUCCUAUGUAUACUCAAAAUGUCCGGGAAGGAUAUAGGAUGUUUAAAGAAAGAAGAUUUUUUAGACAGUUGUAUGAAAGUACUCGAUUGCCACUUACUCCUCCAUACGGAGGACUUCCAGUUAAAUUUCGCACAUACAUUGGGGAGCCAAUCCCUUACGAUCCGAAUAUAACUACAGAGGAAUUAGUUGAAAAGACAAAGACUGCCGUCCAGGCUCUCAUAAGCAAGCACCAAACAAUCCCAGGCAGCAUAUGGAAGGCUUUACUGGAGCGAUUUGAUAAACGCCAUAAAAGUGAUUAG